UGUAGCUAUGAAUUAUUUAACUUAUACCUGUGUAGUUUUGAAUCUUUUGAAUUUAUCUAUUAGUACAAUUCCGCAUCUAGAUGGAAGAAUAAUCGGUGGAGAAGAAGCAAACAUCACUGAUUUUCCAUAUCAAGUUUCGUUAAGAUGCUUAGGCGCUCAUAAAUGUGGUGCAUCUAUUUUUCAUCCUUCUUAUGUUCUGACGGCUGCUCACUGUGUAGAAAAGGGAUUAGCCAUAAGUUAUUCAAUCCGAGCUGGAAGUAAUUUCGUGUCCAAAGGGGGAACAGUGAUUAAUGUCUGUAAGGUGGAAAUUCACGAGAACUACACUGCAGAAACUAUGGUUAACGACAUCGCUGUACUCACGCUGUGCAGUCCUAUCACUUUUAGUGACUCCAUUUUACCAGUAACAUUAGCAAGUGUUACAGCAACGCCAGUAAUAGGAAAAAGAGGUUUGGUAACAGGAUGGGGCUUUACUGAGGAAGACGGUUCAAUAACUAGUUCAUUAAAAAAAGUAUCAGUACCUAUAAUCACAAAUAGUCGUUGUCAAGCACUCUAUCCGGAUGAAAAAGUAACGGAUGACAUGAUUUGUGCCGGAUAUAUUGGAACAGGAGGUAAAGAUGCUUGCCAGGGUGAUUCUGGAGGACCGUUAAGGGCCAAUGGACAAUUAUAUGGAAUUGUGUCUUGGGGAUAUGGAUGUGCAAGACCGUGGUUUCCAGGAGUCUAUACGAAUGUGGCUAAAUAUCGUAACUGGAUCAGAUCCUAUAAGAAAAUUGAUAUCAAUAAAGGACGGUUUGAGUUAUUUGAAAGAGAAUAUAAAUCAGAAGAAGGAAAUGAAGAAAUUUUGAAACAAAAAAUCUUAGGAUAUGAUCCUUCGAGUUUGCCACUAACAAAACAAGAAUUGAAAGAACUGCAUUCAUCCGCAAUCGAUGGUGUAAUGCACACAUGCGAUGCCCCACGGAAAAAUUUCCAGAAAAUUUUCGAUUGUGGCUCUUCGACACCUUUGAACUUCAGUGAAUAUCACCUAGGAGUUGUUGGAGGUCAAAAUGCUUGGAUAGAAGAUUACCCCUAUCAAGUAUCAAUUCUUUAUCAAGGUUCUCAUGGUUGUGGGGGAUCUAUAAUUGAUGAAAAUCACAUUUUAACUGCUGCACACUGUACAUAUAAUGUUGAAGAAACAAUCCUCAGCGUUAGAGUGGGAUCAUCUUGGAGAAACGAAGGAGGAGCAGUUUAUGAUGUAGAAAAAAUCGAAGUCCAUCCCGAUUUUGAUGAUCUAACUUUCGACUACGAUAUAAGUAUCCUUAGACUGACAACGUCACUUGAUUUCGGUAAGAGAGUACAACCAAUCACAUUAGCUACGGCAGGUACCCAAAUCGAUGAUAAUUUGGAUGGCUAUGUUACUGGUUGGGGAAAACUUGGAGAACAGGAGCCGAUGUCCAAUCAAUUACAAGUUGUCGAAUUACCCGUUAUUUCAACACAGACUUGCAGUCGCUAUUAUCCAACGGGAUUCAUAACAGAGAGAAUGUUUUGUGCAGGAUAUAUUGGAGGAGGAAAGGACACAUGUGAUGGUGAUUCAGGAGGACCAAUUGUAGUAGCUGGAAUACAAAUCGGAAUAGUAUCUUGGGGAAUAAUAUGUGCAGCGCCCGAUGAACCAGGAGCGUAUAGUAAAAUUCCUGAACUAGUUGACUAUAUAAACUCAAUAAUAAAUUAGUUUUUUCCAUUA